AACUGUCAGUGAUGGUAGAAUUUGUUCUCUUGUCAUUUACUGAAAAAAUAAAACUCUAUCAUCAAAAAUUCGUAGCGAGGAGUCGUAAAAUGUUAUAAAAUUACGACUAUGGCUCAGAAUUUACAAAAAAAGCCCUCUAAGGGCAUACUAAAGACCUCGCGGAGUGUUGACGGUCAAGACACAUCGACUGCAGCAGGAACGCCGUCCACAAGCAAGCGACCAAAAGAGCAAAGGUUUGACGAGAUGAAUAUUAUGGAAACGUUUCAUCCAGCGAACAAAGAUUAUGGUCACAUGAAGGUGGACGAACCUAAAACGCCUUAUUCAGAAUCCGUGGACGGUGAAGUAGAACCGGGAGACGAGCUGGACGCAAAUAUACUAGCGGCGAAGUUGGCAGCCAGUAUGAAUAAGCCGCCGAAAUGUGUGGAAGCAUGUGAGAGUGACGAGGACAUGGACGAGCCCGAGGAGGUGCGCCGGAAGCGGAUCGAGUUCGAGAAGAAGCGGAAAAUGCAUUACAAUGAGUUUCAGGCGCUGCAAUUGGCGAGGCAGCUCAUGGCUCAGGAAGAUGAUGAUGAUGACGACCAAGGAGGACCUGGAAAGCAGUCAACCUGACUGCGGAACACACAAGCACUUGUACAUAACAUGCACCAAGGCUUCGAGCGAGCAUCGACCACUAUAUAGACUGAGGGGUACCUGCUCCUGAGCUAUCAGGACGCUUUAACGACACUCCAUGCGUGGUUACAGAUCACUUGAGCCCUGCUUAACUAUAUGCUGAGUAUAUACGCUGGAUGGAUGUUCAGGACUUGCAUCAAGUGACCAAUAAACACACGUGGAGUGGUGACUCAUGUCGUUAAUGUAGUCCUACCUUUAUUUGAGUCGUACGAGUAUUAGAUGUCUUUAUUCAGGGUUAAUAACGGUUUUCGUGAAGUGUCGUGUAGUGUCUUAUAAUCUUAUGCCUUUAGAUUGUAAUCGUUAUUUUGCAAAUGAGACUCGUUGUGUAGGUAAGUUGGUACGAAUAGAAAUGAUAGUACAGUCGGCAUUGCUCGACCAAUCAAGGUUUUGAAUACUUGACACCAAAUGUGGAUCAAUGCUUAGCAACUAUUUUUUUGGUGUAAUAAAAAUUAUAUUUGAAGUAAGAUAAACUCUAUUAGUUACAAGACGUUAUAGUCGUUCAAGAUAUUCUACAACAGAUUUAAUUGAGAAUAAAAUGUUUUCACUUUAUGAAAGCAGUUAGUAACUGAAUGUAAGUAGAAAACAAUAUUACACCAAGAUAAAUAAUAAGUUUGUUUUGGGUAUAUCCCAUUUAUACAACCAACAUUUCAGACACUGUAGGCAAUCACAGAACUGGUUUUAAAUAAAUCCGAUAUAAUGAAAGCUAUUCGCAAGUAGCAUUUAGAUCUGUUAAGAAAUAAACUGUUAGUAAAACACUACCUGCACGCUGUGAUAAGCUCAAAAUCUGUUCUUCCGUCAUUUAAUUAAACAUGUAAGCUGUGCCAAUAUAAGUUAUACAGCAGACAAGUUGCACUUACUACCACUUCAAGUAAAGAGCACUAGUAACUAUUUUCAAUUUGUCAAAAAUUAUUAACUGCCAAAUUAUCCCUGAAUAUCGCUGACUUAAAAAGUGUUUUUUUUUUGCAAUAUCAUAAUAAAAGAGUAAAUAAUAAUACGUAAUAAGUCAAAUAAUAUUAAUUUAAAAAUACAGCACAAUGUGUUCUAAAUAUAUGCCUUAGGCAUUGCGUGUUCCUUAUUUGGCUGUUUAUUGCGAACUUUAGAUGUGCUAAAUCAAAUCAAGGUUGUUACCGAUUUGACGAUUAACAUCGCCGCAGCCGACGUGUUAAUAAUGACACGGACUUACAAUGGCUCAAAUAAACAGCCCAAAUUAUUUAAAAUAUAAUGUCACAUUUUAGUGACACAAAAUUUAUAAUGGGUGUGAAAUGUGUCUCAUAUUUGGGACGUUCGUGAGUAGAGUGUGACGUAUUACAGACGUGCAAAAAUUGGAUAUUUAUAUCAGUCUUCAUUUAAUCUAUAAUUUAAUUUGAAAGUUGCGUUGUCGUCUAUGGUUAGACCAGACUAUAUUACUUUAAUAUUUUUAUCAUCAUCUAAGUAAAAUAUAAUUAAAAGAAGCAAGUUGUUAGCUUGAAGCCAUAACCAUUGUAUUUACCGAUGCUCGAGUUUGUAAUUUUCUUGUCGCUGCAAUGUAAUUUUACAAUUAUUUAAUUUUGUUAGGUUAGGAAAGUGUUUUUUUUAUUUUAUUACAUUUUAAGAAAGCCAUUAAACCCUCGCACUCAUUAAUUUGUCAGUUUGUUUUGUACCUAAAGCUUGACUUAAAUACUACACUGGGCGUACACUUACCAGUAAGGCCCGAUGCUAGCUCUGACGUAGUUGUUAGAUUAAAGAAGUCUCAGCAACGAGGUUACGAAUAAUUUGUAGGUAGGACUUUCUCGAAGUAAAUAAUUACUUAAUUAAAACAUUAAAAUAUACUCGAAGUAGGUACGUAAUAACGUAGGAUCUUCGUAGGAUUCACAAGUCAGGCUUUGUACUAUGUACUUAGUCUUGAUAUCGGUGAACGUUGUUGUGAAAGCCAGUUAAUAAUAAAUAAGGAAUAAGUUAUGCAUUUGCAAUGGACACCGAAUUCUCUAAAAAGACGACGAUUCCAUUAUCUUUCUGAAUAUCGGUGUACUGGGUACGAUACAGUUUUGUUUUGUUACACAAGAGUAAUGAACACCGGUAAUUUAUUUGCUAUCUUAUCUAUAAUGUGUUUAUCGACAAUCUGACUUUCACAGUAAUAACCACGCGAAUACCUACAGUCUACAUAUUUUUCAGAACUGUAAAAAUGAAAUGAAUAUAUAAUGUUGAUUUACAGAUUAGGUACCUUUAUAAGAUAGAAAAAUAUAUAUUUAUAUCCAGAGUAUAUAUUUACGUCAUACAAACUUAAUUAAUAUAAAGCUAACUUUCGGUCGUUUUGCAUGUUGCGACAGAUUCGACGCACGGUUACAUUUUAAUGUAUUUUUUUAUAUUAUCAUUAUCAAGCUAUGUGCCAAGAAUAAAAUAUAUUUUGCACAUUAAACAAUGUGGUUGAAUUAAAUAAACUGUUGGAGUCUCAAAUGAAGUUAUAAUUAAAUGAGUUUUGUGCCGAUUCUAUUAGCAUUUAAGGUAUCGUGAUUGAUUGGAAUUCAAGCAAGUAGCAAAUAAAAUGACUAUGGUUUACUGUUGUUUCUAGCUGCGUAAGUUCAUGUUCAACUGUAAACAACCUGAGGUACAAACUCAUUGCAAAUAGCAAUAAGAAAAUUACACAGAAAUAGAUGGUAACUUAAAUAUAUGUAUACAGCACGCAAUAAGGCCUACCCUUAUUAAAUUGAAAGCACACACCUAAAGGGGGGACGUAUGAGGGAUAAAAAUGGAUAGCAAAUUAUUGGGAUCGCUUCUACGUUAUGGCGCUCCGUACAACCAAUAGACAAUGUCUACCACCAUUAGUGUUCGUAUGUCUCUUAAAAUGUUUAAAUUACACCUUUAAUUGAGUUUAUACAAAUAGUGUUACUUUAAACCAAGUGCAGUAGAGGAACUGUAUACUAUGACGAGCGUGAACCUGUCAUAAUUGGAGGGUGAAAACCUAGAAAACCUAUUUUACUUUUCCCUUUCUACACAUGAAAGUCAAAAUCUAGCUAUUUGUGCUACUCUUUAGACUGGUUUUUCGACGAUAUGUUAGUUGUGAGUUACAAAGUCUAGACAUUAUUUUUAUCUAUAUAUUUAUAUGGUGUAUAGCUAAAAAAAUCUUAUUAGUCCGUAUUUUUCAUUUUAUUAUUAAAUAAAGAUGGUGAAAAGUAUGGAAGUUGACACUUGCCAGUAAAUAGCGUGCUGGUAAGUGACGUCACGAUUUUAUUGUACCAGGUUCAUUUUUGUUUAUGUGACAAAAGAUAAAAUGAGUUACCGAUACGUAUUCUUUGGAAACAUAUCUAACGGACUAAUUAGAUUUAAUUAGUCAAAAACUCAAUUAGAUAAUUAAACUCAAAAUAAAGUUUAAAGUUAUAUUUUAGUGUUAAUUAUGUGGCAUACACACUUGUGCGAAUAAUGAAUACAUUGUGGAUAAAGUAUUUUGUAUCAUGUCUUCGUUUCCUAUAUGAAAUAAAAGUGAUCAGCAAAAAAGUAAUUAAGAUAGUAUCAUUUCGAUAUACGAUAUGAUUCGGUAUGCUAUUGGAAUAUCUUUGCAAGACAAGGUGAACUGCAUAUUUGGGUCUUGUCUGUGGUCUGUCUGUCCAUUGGUUUACCUCACUCUUUGACUUGACAUUUUUGUUUAAAGAUGUGAAAAGGUUUCUUAAAACAAAUCCAUCUUCGCCCCCCUCCCCCUCAUAGACCUUACACCUAAACAAAGUCAAAUGUAUGUAUUGCCAACCUUUUUAUGUUUUGGUGUUUGUAUGUGACUUAACUCCAAGAAAUAUGUAAUACAUAAUAUAUUACAGUAACAAAAGUAAACGCUUUGUUGAAUUAAAUUACAGGGCUUGUGUAGAUAAUUUUAAAGACAGUUUAAAAUAUAUUUUUGAAGCGUGAAUUCGAGUUUUUUGAAUAUUUAUUAUAGUUGAGACGUGAAACGUGGUGUUUCCAUUUUCUUAAAUAUAUUUAGGUAAUUAAUGAAUAUCAAUUCACACUUAUUUAUUAACUUGUAUCAUUUAAAGAAAAGCAAUAAGAUUAUUUGUUUUUUAUACAGUGUGGAAACUAAAUAAAAAAGUAAAUCAUUGUUCAUUAGAAAUCAAAUCAAGUGUAUCUGUGCAUAUUCGGCACCAUGUGUGUCAGACUUCUUUUAACGUAGUAAUAUUACAUUAUUAAUUCACCACAAAUCAUACACCAAAUAAAAAUUUGCCGGCUCUGGUUAUACGAAGCACCAGCAAUAUCGCGCUUUAUUAAAACUUGAACUGGCGGUCAUUGUCAAAUAUUUACCUACCUAAUUCUAGUUUUAUUUAAAAUUACUGCUGGUUUCCAAUCACAUUUUCUAUAUGAAAUACAAUUUGUAUUUUUCACGACUCCUUUAUCUUUAAUUUUGUUUGGUUUAUUUUAUGGCUUCGUGUCUGUGCAUUUAAUAUUUUGUCGAACAUUAUUGUCUCGUGUUUAUGUCUCUUUACUUUUUUGCUCGUUGAAUAACCUUAGCGAAUGCCGCCAGAAAGUAUAUAAAACAUUUUGUGUCUCGCGUGUGUAUGUCGAAUCAUUUUGUGUAUUUUAUUAUAUUGUUAUAACUAACAAUGACAUGCAAAGCAAUAUAAGAUGUUGUAAUAUUCGAUCAUACAUACCGUACAUUGGCCUUAUUCGAAAUUAAGUUGUUGCAUUUUUAUAGAUUGUACAGAAGCGGCUUUUCCUAAAAUGUAUGUGUAAAUAGUAAAUAAAAAUAUCAUUAUA